ACGGCUGUAUUUCACCGCGACACAUACAACAGUUCAUGUGCCGCAUAUAUCGCAGUCUGGCUGUACCACAAGCUACUGCAGGCAGCAUGACGAAACCCCUCGGGUUCGAGUUCUGGAGGCGCACUCUGAAGGGCGCGCGCUUCGUGGUCGCGCCCAUGGUGGAUCAGAGCGAGCUGGCGUGGAGGCUGCUGAGCCGCAGACAUGGCGCAGAGCUCUGCUACACACCCAUGCUGCACGCACAGGUCUUCGUCCGAGAUGCCAACUACCGCCGGGAAAACCUCUACAGCGAGGUCAACCAGGAGGACCGACCCCUCAUCACUCAGUUCUGUGCCAAUGAUCCUGAGGUGUUUAUCCAAGCAGCACUGCUCGCCCAGGAUUACUGUGACGCCAUCGAUCUGAAUUUGGGUUGCCCGCAGAUGAUUGCUAAAAGAGGCCAUUAUGGAGUCUUUCUUCAAGACGAGUGGGACCUCCUUGAGAAGAUGAUUAAACUAGCCAAUGAAAAGCUCUCCGUGCCCAUUACGUGCAAAAUCCGGGUCUUCCCAGAGAUUGAGAAAACCGUGAAGUACGCCAAAAUGCUGGAAAAGGCUGGAUGCCAGCUUCUCACAGUUCAUGGCAGAACCAAAGAUCAAAAGGGGGCUCUGACUGGCAUUGCCAGCUGGAAGCACAUCAAAGCUGUAAGGGAGGCAGUAAACAUACCUGUGUUUGCCAAUGGAAACAUCCAGCACCUGAGUGAUGUUCACCACUGCAUGGAGGAAACUGGAGUACAAGGUGUCAUGAGUGCAGAAGGGAAUCUCCACAAUCCUGCACUGUUUGAAGGGCGCAGUCCUCCUGUGUGGGAAAUGGCUGAGGAGUACCUGGAUAUCGUGGAGAAACACUCGCCUUGCAGUCUUUCUUUUGUCCGAGCUCACAUCUUCAAGCUGUGGCAUCACACUCUCCAGAUACAUCAAGAUCUGAGAGAAGACUUGGCCAAAGCAAAAAAUGUAGAUGGCAUUGUGGAGGUCAACAGACAGCUGAAACAACGUUGUCAGGAGGAGAUGGCAAAAGAUGAAUCUGAAUGGAAUCAGACUGGACUUCCCUUCCCACACUGGAUCUGUCAGCCCUACGUCAGACCACCACCCAAGGAUCCAAACACUGAAAAUGGGCAGAAAUCACAAGAAACAAAGGCUGUGAGUGUGAAGAGGGCGCUGGAGGACAGCGACGGCCCCAAUGACGCCAUGUCUAAGAACAAGCAGAAGAAGAAGGCCCGCAACCCACACAAAAACUUCUGUCCAGAGCUGAAGCCAAAAUAUAUCAAGUGUGAGCAAUGUGGAAACCCAAAAGGAAACAAAUGUGUCUUUAACUUGUGCCGUGGCUGCUGUAAGAGGAAGGCUUUCAAGGAAGUGGCUGAUUGUCCUGGACACGGAUUGAAGUUCAAAACCAAGGCUUUAAGACAGUGCAACUCGGAUACAAGUGGAGGAGGCCUGACAAACGGAAAAGCCAGCACUCAGACAGUUUCCACUGCAGUCCAUGAUCCAUUACAAGCUUGAAGCAGACUUAUGGAAUGGAAAUGGGAGACAGCAACAUCAGGACACAUUUGUUUACCAUUAAAAAGCUGCUGCACUGAAUUGAAAGUUGAAGAAGGAAGUUAGGGUCAAAACUGUAUUGAGAUGGAAUUGGCACAUCUGGAUGCACAAGAGAACAUGUUAUGCAGAGCGCUGGGUUUCUGUAAUGAAGUACCACUUUUUGGACUGCUGUGACUCCGAUUGCUUAUUAAGAGUUUAGAGUAUUGUGAUAAAUAACUGGGAAUGCAGUCUGUGAAGCAGACAUACUGAACGCACAAUCUUUACCAAAAAAAAAAAAGAGCUGGACUCUUGUGUAUUCCUACAAAGGACUCUGGACCUUUGUGGAAAUACACCAAUGAAGAUCUUCAUUCAAACACAUUCUGAACCUCUGCAUUUUUACUAUUUAUUGUCUUCUGAAAUGAAACAGGGUUUUGUUGCAACCAAAAUCGCAAUCUGACUUUUGGAUUUUUACAGGUGUUAUUUUUUCAAACAUCGAUAAACAUUUACUGUGUGCUUGUGCAGUC